AUGUCUCGAAAUGCGGGCCGUUGGUCGGUCGAGUCGACCAAAUUGGCAUGCUGCGCUACACCGUUGCGCAUGUCCUCCAACCGGACUGACUGGACUCGCGGCAGAACGAGUGCACAGAAAAAGACGAUGACGACGACGACAACGUCGACGACAACGUCGAAGACGACGACGACGGAUGCGAUCACGAGAGACUGUGUUGCGACCGGUUGUGCAGUCGACGAUAGACGUUGUCUGAUUGGCCAGUCGACGAGUCCACCAAUCACCAUCAGCCUGGCUGCCCCGACGACUGAGUUGACCGGUUUCCGACUGGACGACUCGAUUGUCGACGUAGACACAGUCGCACACUCGACCCGAGCACUGCACAUCGCUCAUCUCUCGCAUCGUCCUGUCGCCGCCGCCUCACCCGCACAGUUGCCGGGCCAACGGAGGCUUGGAGAACGCGCCCGUCUCGUCAUGCUGGGCCGGUCGCAAAGCGUCGCCAUUCGACGCGACGUCGACGUCGACGUCGACGUUGACGUUGGCGUCGACGUUGGCGUCAAAAGUGGGCAAAAGCAGCAUCAACAAGAGGCGGAUGCGGCGCCGAAAGUGGUUGGAGCCGAGGACCGCGUCGACUCGGCCGAGCUGUCGCCGUCGGGCAAGACUGGUGGGUCGAGUCCCGCCGCGGGUUCGAGUCCCGGUCCGAGUCGUCCGUGGAACCUGGCGCUGGGCGACCCGCAGCGCGACCGACAGUUGCCGUCGCCGGUGGGCGUCGGCUGGUCGGCGCGUCUGCUCGGGCUGGCCGACGUCGACGAGGCCGGUUGCGGCGAGUCGAGGCAGCUGUUCGGCGAUCUGGUCGACGCCUAUCGGCAGAUCCUCGUCGGCCUCGGCGAGAACACGCAGCGGCAG